AUGGAGAAAGAUACCAUCUCAGAAUCAAAAUCACCGGAAUUCCCUCCGGAGUAUGGUCGACCGACAUCUGUAUCAUCAUCCACAGGCAAAGGAUCAGAGGUCCACAACAAUCUUGAUCGCAUAUCCCAGGAAUCGGACCUACCACCAGUGAUGGAUGAGAAGGACGUUGGGAUUCCAAACCACUCCCUCUCAGAGGACCCGGAAUAUGAUCCGCCGAUAAUGGUACCGAGACUGAAGCGUAGAGGGCUUUUCGGUCAGUUCACGCUGCUGGCAGAGGUUGACAAUCCGAAGGCCUAUUCCAGAAAGAAGAAAUGGUUCAUCACAUUCAUAGUUGCCGUGGCUGCCAUCACGGCCCCCAUGGGCAGUUCGAUCUUUUUCCGUAAGUUGACUCUCCCCGGACCCCAGUACUCAUGCUUAUCUGGUUUCCUACGUCUAGCGUCCCUUUCCCAAGUAUCCAAGGAUCUCGAUACAACUACCACCAUAACAAACCUGUCCAUUUCCUUGUACAUGUUGAGCAUGUCCAUCUUUCCGCUGUGGUGGUCAUCUUUCAGCGAAAGGCUGGGCCGUCGGACCAUAUAUUUGGUGUCCUUCUGCCUCGUCACCAUUUUCAACAUCCUCAGCGCCAUUUCGGAUUCGAUAGCCAUGCUCAUUGUGAUGCGAAUGUUGAGCGGUGGGGCAUCAGCGUCAGUGCAAGCCGUCGGUGCCGGGACCAUUGCAGACCUUUGGGACCCGCAUGAACGGGGACGUGCUAUGGGUAUCUUCUAUCUCGGACCUUUGUGUGGCCCCUUAUUUGCUCCUAUCGUUGGAGGUGCUCUCGCCCAAGAAUGGGGAUGGAGGAGCACGUUAUGGUUCUCGGCUAUCUAUGGAGGGAUAGCCCUUGUUUUCAUCUUUCUGGCCCUUCCAGAGACCCUCGUUGUCCACAAAGAGCCAGCACCCGCACCUCUCACGAAUGAUGAGCCGCAAGAACCCCUUGGACAGCGACUUAGCCGAGUCUCCUCACGCCAGAUCGUCAGCUUUACGGCAAGAUGGUUGAAACAUCUCAAGAUGGUGUUUAUCGAUCCUUUGAAGAUCGUUCUUUACCUGCGAUUCCCUCCCGUGCUGUUGACGGUAUAUUAUGCAAGCAUCACUUUCGGAUCGCUCUAUGUGUUGAAUGUCAGUAUUGAACAUACGUUCGGAAGUGAUCCGUACAACUACAGUACGCUCAUCGUCGGUCUGCUCUAUAUUCCCAACUCGGUGGGAUAUAUUGUUGCGAGUUUGUUUGGAGGCCGCUGGAUGGACAAUAUCAUGCAACGGGAGGCCAGAAAGGCAGAAAGAUAUGACGAACACGGCAAGCUUAUCUAUCGUCCGGAAGACCGAAUGCGUGAGAAUGCCUGGCUUGGAGCGACACUCUAUCCCGCCGCACUGAUUUGGUAUGGUUGGACUGCAGAUAAGGGCGUCUACUGGCUAGCACCGAUGGUCGCCAAUGUCUUCUUCGGGGUUGGGUCUAUGCUGAUCUUUAGUAUGGUGACCACGAUGUUGACCGAGUUCAUGCCAAGGAAAUCGUCGUCGGGGGUCGCGCUGAAUAACUUCAUGCGGAACAUCUUUUCCUGCGUCGGGUCCUUUGUCACUGCUCCGAUCAUCGAUGCCAUUGGAAACGGCUGGCUCUUUACAAUUCUAGGCCUCGCUGCUUUUGCCAGCAGCUCGGUAUUGAUUAUCAUGAAAGUGUUUGGACCACGUUGGAGGAAAUCCAUGGAUGCAGCAUUGCGCAACUGA